CCCACACAUCAUGAAGGUCUAUGUAGUUUUUGUUAUCACAGUUUUCUGUGGUUGUCGGGCCAAUUUGUUGGGGCAGGACCAAGAAGGUCCCAGUAUUGACCUUGUAAAAAAUGCCUUUUGGAAUUACGUUGCCCAGGCCACCCUCACAGCUGAAGACACGGUGCAAAUGAUCAAAAACUCAGAAUUGGGACAAGAUAUCAGUGACAGGAUCUCUACAAGUGCAGGCGCUGUAAACAAAUACACCCUGGCCAUUCAGGGUCAAGUAACUCCUUUGACCCAAGACUUGCUGGACAAACUUUCACAAGAGGCAGAUCAACUGAAAUUACGUAUGGAACAGGAAAUGACAUCUGGGCAAUCCCAGCUUAAGCCUUAUUAUGAGGAGAUUAAAGAUGAUAUUCAAAUUCAGGUUGACCAGCUAAAGAAGGAUGUGACCCCGUACGCAGAGACCCUAAACUCUGAAGCCCUAAAAUCUAAGCUGCUACAGGGGGCCGAGGAGCUGAAGGCAAACCUGGAGAGAAGUCUGAUGGGGCUGAGUCCCCAAACAGAGGAGCUCAAGCAAAAACUGGACCAACAUCUCCAGGACUUUCAGAUGAACAUGCCUUCAUUAGCCCAAAGCUUUCAGACACAGCUGGCACAGAAAGGUCAAGAGAUUCAGAAAAGCAUUAAUCCCCAUACAGAGGAACUGAUAAGCAAACUGGAUCCAUAUGCUCAGGACCUGAAAGCUCAGUUAACAGCACUUUGGGAAUCUUUUGCUAAGAAUAAGCAGUAGACUUUUUUCAGAAACAUUAAGCGAAUGAAAAUGACAUUUUGCUAUUUUGGUUUGUAAAGGCAGUAUUACCUGUGGCUUGCUCAA